UGUUAUAUGAUACAGAAUCACUAGUUUCAAUAUGAAGAAGAUUGAUAGGAACUAUUGGACCUUACUUACAGUAGUAUGUGUGUGGCUUUCAUUUCAGUACUCGAUGCCGUGUGUAAUCAGAAUGGAAAACAACUCUCAGGGUUUAAUGAAAGUUGCUGACUGUAAAGGAAAUGACUAUAGAAAUGUGCCAACAAAUCUGACUUCAGAUAUUGAUGUCAUAGAUCUUACACACAAUAAUAUAACAGUUUUAAGGAACAACUCGUUUUCGAGAUACAGCAUACUUAAAGAGAUCAUUUUAAGUUUUAAUAAUUUGAAAACCAUUGAUAUUGACGCAUUUGCUGGUUUAUAUAAGAUACAAUCGAUAGAUAUGUCUGAUAACUCUUUAGAUGUAUUCAAUGUGUAUACACCUGAGUUAUUUAUAAAUUUAGCCAAUGUGACCCAUUUAGACAUUCGUCGAAAUAAACCAACCAUUGCAACAAAUACAGCACCGCAGCAUUAUCCAGAUAAAGCUUUUGCUGUUUUGACAAAGAUUUCGUUCCUUGCUGUAGAUGUUAUUCCGCAUCCAUACUUCGGACCCGGAUUUAAAAAAUUACAAAGUCUUAAAACUUUGAAAUUUGAAAACUGUUAUCUUAAAUUAUUGCGUAAUAAUACAUUUGAAAAUUUUUCUUCUUUUUUGGAGGAACUUGUUUUGUCAGGAUGUAGACGGAACUUUAUUCAGACUGAACAUGGAGUUCUCUCUAAAUUUGAAAAUCUUAUAAAACUAAAUUUUGCUGAAUCAUGUGUACAUUUAAUACAGGUUUUGAAGCUGUUGUAUGUUUACGAAAACAAAACAAUGGAAAGUUUAAUUCUAAGCAGUUUAAACUGUGUGAGGUUUAGUACUAAACAGUAUCCGUAUGUCAUGACUAUUUCGGUUGAAAUGAUGAAAUAUCUUAAAACCAUCUGUGUAGAAAAUCUGGAUCUGUCUGACAACGGCAUUGUUGAUUACGAGCCAAAUUCAUUAUUUUCGUUUUAUCGACCGGAAUGCAUCACAACUUUGAAUUUUAUGGGUAAUAGAUUUAGCCUUAAUUUUGGUAUUCAGAUGAACGAAUUGAAUUCAUUUUUUCGAAAUGCAGUAUCUCUUAAAACGCUUGUUUAUUCAUACAUUGCGGUACGGUGUAAGUUACCAGAUAGAAAUCAGGACAAAGAUUUACAAAUUGGUUAUGCCGAUAAUUUUAUUUUUUUGCCGAAGUCUUUAGAAACGUUAUUGGUAAACAAUGUCAUAAGUACAGACUUCGCAAAAGUGUUUAUCAUCCAGAAAGAAAACAAUUUGAGAGUACUGGAUCUAUCUUAUUCGUUGUCAUCAACAGGUUUAGUGUUUCAAAAAUGCAAUAUAAGCAAACUGGAAUCUCUUACUCUUGACGGUGUAAUAUAUGUUUUAACUUCAUUAGAAAUGGAGCAAUUUCAAAAUUUUUCUCUAAAAACUCUUAUCUGGAGAGACGCAAAAUUACAUAAUGUGGUAACUAAUGAAAAAAACAAAUACGCUCCAUCCAUUAAAAAGAUAUUCAGCAAGUUUACAUCCUUAGAAUAUCUUGAUUUGGCAAAAAAUGAACUGUUUGGCUUGUUCGAAGAUCUGUUAGUAAAUAUGAAAAUCCUUACCGAACUUCACCUAUCAAACAAUUUGUUUGAGUCUAUCCCAAUGGCAAUUUUGAAACUCAAUAGUAUUAAAGUACUCGAUUUUUCAAACAAUCUCCUGGCAACCAUUGAUAGUAAUACACGUGAUUGGGCCGAUAGAAUGAAUAAAAAACAUGGCCUGACGCUUUUACUUGGAAACAAUCCAUUUGAAUGUAAUUGCAAUACUUUAGAAUUUAUUAAAUGGUUGAAACAGACAAAAGUUAAAUUCGGAAGGGACUCGUACAACUGUAUUAUAAACAAUGGUACAAUUAUCAGUACGUUGGAAGCUUAUCAUAAAAUGGAUGAUUUGUUUUUUAGUUGUAGCAGUAAGCUUUGGCUUACUAUAUCCUCAUUAGUGAUGGCAACAUGCAUCACGAGUACCUUUUUUCUGAUUAUUUAUAGCAAACGUUGGGAAAUAUGUGUUUUUCUUUACCAAAAAUUUCGUUACCUUAUUGAAACAAAAUAUAAAAAACAAUAUACUUACGAUCUUUAUGUUUCGUACGAGACUGAUUCUAUGUAUUGGAUAAAAACAGUCUUACUUCCUAAAGUAGAAGAUGAAUGGGGACUUAAAGUUUGCCUGAAAGAUAGAGACUUUCUGGUUGGUGUUUCGCGUUUUGACAUAGAGGCUGAAAGUAUACAACAAAGCAGACAUGUUAUGUUUAUAAUCACACCGUCUUUUAAAAAUUCAAAGGACUAUUUAUUCGAAAUUGAAAGAGUCAAAUACGAGAAAAUGAUGAAAAAUAUGGCAAAUAUCCUAGUAAUAGUGAAAGAUAUAUCAAUAUCUGACAUUCCUAUAGAACUUUCAUACAUUUGGAACAAUGUUUCACUAGUACAAUGGACGGAAAAUUCGGAAAAACUAGAUAUCAUAUGGCAAAGGAUGAAAAUAUGUCUAUCUACGGAUUUUCUUGGAUAUUUCAUUCAAAAUACAGGCGAUAAUAAUAAUACGAUACCACAUGCAAGGAUAACGAAUUCAAUGACAUACGGUUCUAUCUAAAAACAGUUUGAAUGAUUAUUAAGUAACUAUCAGGGACUUUUAAUCUAAAAAUCUAAAAACAAUUUAUCUUAAGUGAUAAAAUACCCAGAAUAAAUGACAAAUUAUUGUAUUUCUUUCUAUACGUACAUGCUAAUAUAGCAUCUCUUUCAUUAUCAUAGGUCAUUCAAAGAACGUUGUGGCAAGAUACAGGAUGUACAGUUAAUAAGUGCGGUUCAGCUAAAGCAGGCUCAUAUCAUGAAGAUUAUUACAGCCGAGCAUCGAGAACAUUAGCACAAGCUUAACAAUACUUUAGACUUCUAUAUACACAUGAUGGUGUGAUCAAAAAACAAUACAAAACAAUAUUAAAUCUGAAUUCAAAAUUGGAAUUUUCAAGGAAAAGUUUGAAUAUAAUGUAUUCAUUGUUAU